CCCGAGACGAGUCUCAGGGUUACCACGUCUACACACAUCAAUACAGCGAUCAGUGAUUACAGUGUGUGGCACUUGAUAAUAAAAACCCUCCAGUUGACCAACCACUCGCCCGAAAGCCUUCGCAACUCUGCACCACAAGUUCCUGAGCAGCUACCCCCUCCCGUCAUCACCUGAUUUCGCACCGUCAAGCUCCCCAAGCCAUGGAACAACAAAAAGCUAUUCCACGUGAACUUCUAGCAGUCGUCCAAUAUCUCAGAUCGAAGGCCGAAUUAAAGACCAAGACUGGCGUUCUCGAAGGAAAGCGACACGAUUAUUUCAAAGGGAAAGCGGCCAUCAAAGCCUUACUUUCGCCCUCGUAUGCGAAGAUCCACCCGAGUAGUUCGCCGCCGAUCACCGACGAAGCAGCUGCAACAGCGCUCCUGAACACGAUCAUUCCCUAUGCGUUUUUCCUACGAGUCGAGCGGACCACGCAAUCGAUAGCCGGGGCGAAGGUCCUACAGAUCAACCCGACCCAGUUCUUCGACGGGGAGAGCUACUAUGCCUGGCUGUACGACGGCAACCAGCUGAUGGUCAUCGCCGGCGCUGCACUCAUGGUCCUCGUCGUCCUUGCCGGGGUCAUGUUCCCCCUCUGGCCCAUGAGCCUCAGAAUCGGCGUCUGGUAUCUCUCCAUGGCCGCUCUCGGCUUCGUCGGCCUCUUCUUCGUCAUCGCUAUCAUCCGCUUGAUCCUCUACAUCAUCACCUGGAUCGCUGUCUCUCCAGGGAUUUGGUUGUUCCCUAACCUGUUCGAAGACGUUGGAUUUGUUGACUCAUUCAUCCCACUAUGGUCGUGGGACAUCCCACCGCCUAAGAAAGUAAAGAAAUCGAAGGCAGAGAAGCAGGCAGAGAAGGAGCAAAAGAAGGCCAACAAGAAGAACAAGCUAACCAACGGCGCCCCGGAUGCCGCCGCGGCGAGCAGCGGGAACGACACGCCUGCAAAGGAAGACUAGAAAUCCUUGGCCCAUCCUUCUUUCCUCCUCAGAUACAUUCAUAGACUACGGGAAUACUUGGAAGACUGCAUAUCCCCUCACCUUACUCAUUCUCCUCGCUCCGUCCCUCCCCACAGCUCUGUUUCCUCUCCGCCUCACCUUGAGACCACUCUAACGUUUUUUUUUUGUGAUCUUCUUCCCUUCAUGUUCAUACGUUGUGUUGAUUCUUGUCGCUAGGAUUGUAGGGCUUUUUUUGCCCUUCAUCUUCUCUCUCUCUCUCCCUCUUCCUUAUCUCGUUUGUUCUCUUUUUUGGGUUUUUGUUUUUGUUUUGAUGAUGAUUUAUACAAUUUUAAUUUUUGUUUCCACAUCAAUCCAAGUAUGACAAAAAAGGCUGCAUUAUACAGAAGUGAUUACGGCAGGGGAACCUAAUUUGCC